GUAUAGACAGAAAUUUCACUCCUUAUUCGUAGUGAUUUUUUUACUACCACCACUAUUUUACCUACCAAUCUUCUUUCUUUAUAUGGGCACUAAUGCAACUGUCUAACAAUUUAUGUCACCAACCGGAGGUCGCCACAAAACGCAUUUAAAAAAGAAGGCUCCUACUUAUAUUAUCCUCUUUCGAAAUCAGACAAACACGUCAGCAUCUUCUUAUUAUUUUUUAAAAGGAUAAUAAUAAUACUCUAUAUAUUUUGAUUUAAAAAUGGAAAAUAUCCAUUCGCCAAAACCCAACAACCCACUCUCUGUCCAUCCCCCUCUACUUAAACAAAGUCCUGACUCCUGAGGAUAAAAGGAUAAAGUGAGCUCUCUCUCUCUCUCUAUAUAUAUAUCUAUAUAUAGCCCUGUAGAUUUUAGGUACUGUUCCGAUCGUCGGUGUAUCGAUUUUUCAGGCUUUCUGCUUCAUUUGAAUCACACUGAAACGCCGGUUGGUUUUUUCUUCUGUACUUAGUACGUACUUGCAGAUUUGUGAAAAAAGACAUAGUUGGAAUUUGGAAGCUAUACGUACAUGGGAACCUCAACCUUGAAUCCCAACGCUCCGAUGUUCGUCCCGCUGGCUUAUCGGGCGGUGGAGGACUUCUCCGAUCAGUGGUGGGACCUCGUUAAAUCAUCUCCCUGGUUUCGCGAAUUCUGGAUUCAAGAAUACUGUUCAGAUUCCGCGGAUUCCCUGAUUGAACCGGUCAUGUACGACGACCUCGAUGGCUUCCCGGACUUCCCUGAUGACGACGUCUUCUCAAGCAACUUUUCCCCCGAGAACCCCAAGAAAGUGGAACAGGGUAAGAUGGAUUUGAUUUCACUGGGAUCGUUGAAAUGGAAGAAACCUCGCGGGCCGGCGGAGAUGGGUAAACACUGGGAUAAGGCUCCAAAGAUUGUGAAUGUGAGGGUGAGCCCCAGGCCCAUCAAGCAGCCUCGUUAGAUUUGUUUUGAUCCUCAUAAGUCAGACCGUCUGAAGGAAGUAUUAUUAAUGUUUAGUGUUUUACUGGAUGUUGUUUAUGUUCCUAAGUUUCUAGGAUCAUUGUACAGCGGGAUUAAUUAAGUGUUUUUUUUUUCCAACGCCUCUGAGUUAACAUUUUCUGCAGUUUUCAUGUAUGUCUUGACGAAACUCAAGAAAUAAAAGUAGUCUUUGAACAGAAUUGAGCGUCUUCUUUUCCGAUUGCUAUACGUUUGAGACGAAAUGGAAAAAUAAUUGUUAUAGAUGGUAGUAUCAUUAUUCUAUCAGAAAGUAUAUGAAUGAAAAAAGAAGAUUAUAAGAUCCAACUCUGGUGUCUCUAGUAGUCGUCUCGGACAGGAGGUUCUUGACCCCAGGUGAUGGCUUGCUUGCCAAUUUUAUGAAGAACCCUGAUCACUUCUUCAUUUGUCACGUUCCCUGUUACCGUGACCUUGUUUAGCCUUGUAUCAAUGUCAUACGUUUCGAUAUCUGCCAUAUCCCCAAUUGCAAAGCAACAUCAGAUGAGACUCUUUUCAAUAUAGAUUACAUUUCCACAACUUAGAUGGAAUUGAAAAUAAGGAAAGCGAAUGUGAAAUUGUACCUUCAAUCUUCUUGAUGGCCUUCAAGAUUUUCUUAAUGCAUUCAUCACAGUGCAACCCAACCUUCAACUCUACAACCUGUGACAGAAAAAAAGAAAGAACAAUGGCAUCUUAGUGGUGGAAACCGGAAAGAAAGAAGAAGAAAGAAAACAUAUCAUUACCAGCCAAGAAAAACUUUUUAAGAGCUUAGAAGUAAUACUUACAUUAGCCAUCAGAUCAAUGAAAAGGUUUGUCGUUAAGCAAAUUUAAUUUCUAUUCAAGCACCGAUUUCAGAAGCUGAAAGAUCAGAUUGGAACUAUCGGUAGUAGUGGAAUGAGGAAAGGAAAUGAACUUUGGGAUUGAGGAUGAAAAUGGAAGAACUGUGAUGAGCAAUUUAAAACAACCCUUUAAAGCGAGUGGGGGAGUAUAUGAUUCUUAUCUCCACUACUUGGAAUACCAAAAAAGCUACUUUAAAGCUCUUUUUUGACCUUUUAACGUACACCUACAAUAUUUCUCCAUGCCCAAGGGCGGCCAAAAUUGACAUUUCUGUUCAGUUUUAAAGGGACAAAUACAAGGAAGGUGGCUUCUCUUUUUACACGAAUGAGUACAACUCUCCACUAUGGUAGUAACAAAUCCAAGUGUUCAUAAUCAGAAUCAGAAUAAAACAGAACGACGCGUUAGGAUCUCACAGAAUUUUUAACAUUGCUGUUCGACCACAAACAUACAUUCCCAGAUGAAUGUAGAAAUUGGGCCAGCGGGGUCUUAAACAGCUUCAUGCGGCCUAAUUACGCAAACAUUGUUUCUGUACUACAUCUCACGCC